UGCAAGGGCUAGCAGUCCAGCCUGGGUUCACUGGAGCUUAAGCCUUACAGCAGGAAAACUUCCAUCUCGCUCUCCUGGCUUUCAUCCUCACUGGACAUCAGACCAGAGUCUCCGAAGGGAGGGAGGAUGCGAGAUGACCCGCCCUUUGGCAACCUGACCAUCGACUUAGCUGAGCCUUUCAAAGCAAGCCAGGGGCUGGCUGCACGACCGAGGAGGCGCCGCGCCUCUCCUGGAUGUGUGUGUGUGUGUGAUCCAGUGAGUGUGUGUGCGUGUGAGUGAGUGAGGGGUGUGUGUGUGUAGAUGCCUGUGUUCACAUCACAACUGUGUGUGAGCGUGUCUGGAUGAGUGUACGCAUGCACACGUGAGUGUUUGUGUGUGUAUGUGUGUGUGAGUGCUCUUGGCUGUUAUGAUUAUUUUUUUUUGGAAGAAAAAUCUUGAAAAUCUGGGGCAGGUUACUGUGCUCCUAGGGUGAUCCUUCUUUUGCAAGAGGAGCUGCAAGCUACUAAAGCCAUUUCUCUGCGAGUAAAGAGAAUUUUCCUCCCAGAAGGAGAAGGAUUUUUACCCCUGCUCUGCAGCCAAAAGAGAGAUUAGCCCCUAAACCUUGUGAAAUCAACCAGAGCCCUGUGAUUACCAGGGCUUGAGAGAGGACUCAGAAGAAAAGGAGAAAUAAAUCAAACAGUCUGUCAGUUCCUUUGGCCACAGAAGAUGUCAUCUCAAACUAAGUUCAAGAAAGACAAAGAGAUCAUUGCCGAAUAUGAAGCCCAAAUAAAAGAGAUCCGCACGCAGCUGGUGGAGCAGUUCAAAUGUCUGGAGCAGCAAUCGGAGUCACGGCUGCAGCUGCUUCAAGACCUCCAGGAGUUUUUCCGCCGGAAAGCUGAGAUCGAGCUUGAGUACUCCCGCAGCCUGGAGAAACUGGCUGAGCGGUUCUCCUCCAAGAUCCGCAGCUCCAGGGAACACCAGUUCAAGAAGGACCAGUACCUCCUCUCACCUGUGAACUGUUGGUAUCUGGUUCUGCAUCAGACCCGGCGGGAAAGCCGAGAUCAUGCCACCCUCAACGACAUCUUCAUGAACAAUGUCAUCGUCCGCCUCUCCCAGAUCAGUGAGGAUGUCAUCAGACUCUUCAAAAAGAGCAAGGAGAUUGGCCUGCAGAUGCACGAGGAGCUCCUGAAGGUGACCAAUGAGCUCUACACAGUCAUGAAAACCUACCACAUGUACCAUGCGGAGAGCAUCAGUGCAGAAAGCAAGCUCAAGGAGGCCGAGAAGCAGGAGGAGAAGCAGUUCAACAAGGCAGGGGACCUCAGCAUGAACCUGCUCCGGCACGAGGACCGGCCACAGCGCCGUAGCUCCGUGAAGAAGAUGGAGAAGAUGAAGGAGAAGCGGCAGGCUAAGUAUUCUGAGAACAAGCUGAAAUGCACAAAAGCCCGGAAUGACUACUUGCUGAAUCUGGCAGCCACCAAUGCAGCUAUAAGCAAAUACUACAUCCAUGAUGUCUCCGAUCUAAUCGAUUGCUGUGAUUUGGGCUUUCACGCCAGCCUGGCCCGCACCUUCCGGACCUACCUCUCAGCAGAAUACAACCUGGAGACCUCCCGCCAUGAGGGGCUGGAUGUCAUCGAGAAUGCAGUGGACAACCUGGAUUCUCGAAGUGACAAGCACACCGUCAUGGACAUGUGCAACCAGGUCUUCUGUCCUCCACUCAAGUUUGAGUUCCAGCCCCACAUGGGGGAUGAGGUGUGCCAGGUCAGCGCUCAGCAGCCUGUCCAGACAGAAUUGCUCAUGCGAUACCACCAGCUGCAGUCCCGACUGGCCACUCUCAAGAUAGAGAAUGAGGAGGUUAGGAAAACCCUGGAUGCCACCAUGCAGACCUUACAGGACAUGCUGACCGUGGAAGACUUCGAUGUCUCCGACGCCUUCCAACACAGUCGAUCUACAGAGUCCGUGAAGUCGGCUGCCUCUGAGACCUACAUGAGCAAGAUCAACAUUGCCAAAAGGAGGGCCAACCAGCAGGAAACAGAAAUGUUUUAUUUUACAAAAUUCAAAGAAUACGUGAAUGGCAGUAACCUCAUCACCAAGCUGCAGGCCAAGCACGACCUCCUCAAGCAGACCCUGGGCGAAGGAGAAAGAGCAGAAUGCGGUACCACCAGCAGAAGAGAUGGAAGGCUUAGGCUGCCCCACUUUCCUUGGCUGAGCUGUCCCCCUGCUCCCCACUUUGUGCCCCACCCAGCAUUUCAAGGAAGAAGAAAUGCUCGAACCAGGAACCAGGAUUCAGGACAAGCUAUACCGCUUGUAGUCGAGAGCUGCAUCCGAUACAUCAAUUUAUACGGACUCCAGCAGCAGGGGAUCUUCAGAGUGCCAGGAUCUCAGGUGGAAGUCAAUGACAUCAAAAAUUCCUUUGAGAGAGGUGAGGACCCCCUGGUGGAUGAUCAAAAUGAGCGUGAUAUCAAUUCAGUUGCUGGCGUUUUAAAACUGUAUUUCCGAGGACUGGAAAACCCACUCUUUCCUAAGGAAAGGUUUCAAGAUUUGAUAUCUACUAUUAAACUGGAGAACCCAGCUGAGAGGGUGCACCAGAUCCAACAAAUCCUCAUCACCCUUCCCCGCGUGGUCAUCGUGGUCAUGAGAUACCUCUUCGCUUUCCUCAAUCACCUCUCUCAGUAUAGUGACGAGAACAUGAUGGAUCCCUACAACCUGGCCAUCUGCUUCGGGCCCACUCUCAUGCACAUCCCUGAUGGGCAGGACCCUGUGUCCUGCCAGGCGCACGUCAAUGAAGUCAUCAAAACCAUCAUCAUCCAUCAUGAAGCCAUCUUCCCCAGCCCCCGGGAGCUAGAGGGACCUGUGUAUGAAAAGUGCAUGGCUGGAGGGGAAGAAUAUUGUGACAGCCCACACAGCGAGCCAGGGACCAUCGAUGAAGUUGACCAUGACAACGGCACUGAGCCUCAUACCAGUGAUGAAGAAGUGGAGCAGAUUGAGGCUAUUGCCAAGUUUGACUAUGUGGGACGGUCCCCACGGGAGCUGUCCUUCAAGAAGGGGGCCUCACUGCUCCUCUACCACCGCGCCUCGGAGGACUGGUGGGAGGGCCGGCACAACGGCGUGGACGGACUCAUCCCUCAUCAGUACAUAGUGGUGCAGGACAUGGAUGAUGCCUUCUCCGACAGCCUGAGCCAGAAGGCUGACAGCGAGGCCAGCAGCGGACCACUGUUGGAUGACAAGGCCUCCUCCAAAAAUGACCUCCAGUCCCCCACAGAGCACAUCUCGGAUUACGGCUUUGGGGGGGUGAUGGGCCGAGUGCGGUUACGAUCCGAUGGAGCGGCUAUCCCCAGGCGCAGAAGCGGUGGCGACACACACAGCCCACCACGGGGCCUGGGCCCUAGCAUAGACACGCCACCCCGGGCUGCUGCCUGCCCCAGCAGCCCCCACAAAAUCCCCCUCACCCGAGGGAGGAUCGAGAGCCCCGAGAAGCGAAGGAUGGCAACGUUCGGGAGUGCUGGCAGCAUCAACUACCCUGACAAGAAGGCGCUCUCUGAAGGGCACUCCAUGAGGUCGACCUGCAGCUCCACGAGACACAGCAGCUUAGGGGACCACAAGUCCCUGGAGGCUGAGGCCCUGGCAGAAGACAUCGAGAAGACCAUGAGCACGGCUCUGCACGAGUUGAGGGAACUCGAGAGGCAGAACACCGUCAAGCAGGCGCCGGACGUGGUGCUGGACACCCUGGAGCCCCUGAAGAACCCGCCAGGCCCCAUCAGCUCGGAGCCCGCCAGCCCCCUGCACACCAUUGUCAUCCGUGACCCCGACGCCGCCAUGCGUCGCAGCAGCAGCUCCUCCACCGAGAUGAUGAGCACCUUCAAGCCGGCCCUGUCCGCCCGCCUGGCUGGCGCCCAGCUGCGCCCACCCCCCAUGCGGCCCGUGCGGCCGGUGGUCCAGCAUCGGUCCAGCAGCAGCAGCAGCUCGGGCGUGGGCAGCCCGGCGGUGACGCCCACCGAGAAAAUGUUCCCCAACAGCUCCGCAGACAAGUCGGGCACCAUGUGACCUGCAGGACCGGCGGCCCACCGUGGCGCACCGAGGCCCGGGAGGGGCUGGGUGGCCUCCCGGGGCUUCCCAGUGAUCCCGAUGGCCUGGUGGGGCAGCAGUCAGGCUGGGAGCGCUGAGGGUCCUUGCAGAGCUGAGGCCCAGGCGCUGGCUGAGGUUCACUUUCAGCCACAGGAAUCCCAGGGACCUCUGUCCUGUGUGAACAGACACCCGGAAGAGAGCCGGAGCAAGAGCAGCCCAACCACAGUGUCCCCAAGAUCAGCCAAGUGCCAGGUGGCCUCUCCGCGUAUCACUGGAAUUCCUCCCGACACCCCCUCUGCAUACCUGUAUGUGUGUGCUAUAUACACACGUACGUGUAUGUACGUGUCAGUCGGUGUGUGUGUGUAUAUAUAUAUUUAUGCAUCUAUAUACAUAUACUAGAUUUGGACACACACGUACUAAAUGUAUAUAGUAUCUCCUUUUUCUUUUUAUGAAACUUAGAUUUACCUCAGACCCAUGCCGCCAAACAUCUCCCACUGAGUUAUUUGGUGGGAUUUGCAGGGACUUUUCUGGGAGAAUUUAGAAGCCCAUAGUAACUGCAAAUGAAGCAAUAUACCACAAACCUGCAGAAAAACAAAAACAGUGCCCACUGUCUCCAGAAGUCGUGGCCUUCCAGAACAGUCUGCCCCUCAUGGAAGGGUGGGGCAGGCGGCACCCCAAGCAGGCUGCUCCUAGAGGUGGAGAACCCUUCAUAGAAAACAGUCCCCUCCCUCCAUCCACCCCAGAGACCCUGCCCAUCCGCCCGGAGGCCAAAGGCCAACUGUACCCCCGAAGGCAUGGGAGAAGUUGGCGAGAAGACCCCUGACCACGCACCCUUGUGUUUGUGUGUAGAAACGGGAUAGUGAAAAACCUAAGCCCCGUCUGUAGCACCGUAUUACACGUGGUUGGGAAAAAAGAAAAAAAUACAGUGGUGUGGAAUACUUCAAAACCUAGAGACGCUGUAGGAAUAAAUCUGUGGUAACUAUAGAGGUUUAACUUAUAUCAUUCUCAGAAUAUUUAAAUUUUUCUUUUCCUCGUUCUACUAAUUAUAUUGUGUCAGAUUUGGAACUGAACAGGCAAGGACGCUGCGAGUCACAUCGUUUUCAUUUAAAAUCAGGCUGGGAGGCACUUUGGCUGGUGCCCUCUUGCAUGAAGUGCCCGGGCUGUACGUGCCCAGUUCAGACCAGGGGCGGAGGAGGGGUUUGUCCUUGGCACUUUCUGUCCCAGGAACACUGAUGUUCAUUUUAUACAAGAGAAAGAGCUUCACUCCCUCCCCACCCUCUCCUGAGCAUUUAAAGUAGAUGAGAACGUGAUGAUAGAGACGGGUGCAUGAUCCUCAAGGAGAACUUGCCAGGUUUCACCUCUUGGCUGGGAAAAGGCCUUCUGGGUCACUCUUAUUAGAUUCCAUUUCACCAUUUCACCUCCUCCUUUGAUCUCUUGUUUUCCAGGGAGGGCACUUUUACUAACUCCCCCCCAAAGCCAGGCCCAGUUCCCUUCCUAUUGUCCCCAGGUUUCAUCUCUAUCCCUCUCUCUGGAGGCCAUUGAGGUUUAGGUUCAAAAGUGCAGAGUUGCAGCCCCAGCCACUACUGGGUGACUCUGGGCAGGUCAUUCCAUUUCAUGGAGCCUCACUUUUCUGCUCUAUAAAAUGAGGAUAACAAAGAUC